AUGGAGCCUAUCGAGGCCCGGCCCAUGCCUAAGCGAGCCUCCCAACGCAAGGUCCGGACGCCGUGCUUGACCUGCAAAAUCAGACGCGUUCGAUGCGAUCAGCAGAAGCCCGAAUGCAACCGCUGCGUCUCGACCGGCCGCAAAUGCGAUGGCUACUCUGACUCCUCGAUCACUCCGUCACCAAAGCCCCCAUCCUCUAACAAACCAACACAAAUUCUUACAGCGGCACCCUCGAUUCGGCCCCGGCAGCUUGCCCCCGCGGCUCACCCCGCCAUAUCCUCCGCUACUAAUGGUAAACUAUCGCGUCCAGUCGCCUUGCCGAUCUUGAGAAGAGAUCCGCGGGAGCUCGAAGUGUACCAAUAUUUCAUUAACGUCGCCGCGCCCUCCAUAGCCGGCACCUUUGACACGGACUUUUGGCUUCGAGAGAUCCCGCAGUUCUGCCUCGCUGACCCGGCGAUAUGGCACGCUGUCACAGCUCUAGGAUCUUUAUGUCGCGACUACGACUUCAGAUCCUUAGAUCCAGGGAGCAACAACACAUUUGCCUUGAGCCAGCACAAUGCCGCCAUCUCCCAUCUCACGAGAUCAAGGUCCAUGUCAUCUAAGGCGGACCGAUGGCGCACUCUGGUCGCCAGCACCAUUUUCACUUGUAUGAGCGUGGUCCAGGGAUCAUACGAGCAAGCUCAGAUGCAUUUCCAAGCGGGCCAUAAACUAUUUCUACAACUCCAGGCUGAGGAACAGGCGUUCAUAGCGGGGAGGACUUCGAAGAAAAUGAUCAGAAGAGACCUCCCGAGCGUGACGCCAGUCACCUUCCAGUCAGUCCGCUCCAUCUUGAUCGCAUUCCAGAUCCACGAACAGAAACUGGACAUGGGCGAGGUGGUUGGCUCCCCGAACCACAUCUCCGCCGAGGACGACAGUUUCGGGCUCUGGAGAACCUACAUCGCGCCUCCGACCAAUCUCCAUCCCGCAUUCACACCAGAAAAGAGCCUGGCCCCGAUGAAUCUCAUACUAGCCACUCGUGCUUCCGAGUCGCUCAUGUGGGCUCUCGUCUACUUCAUGGGGAUGCAUCUCGCUGAGCUCACGGCUCUCCAUGCAAGUAGGCAGUUGCAGCUCCCCUCCCUCGCUGCGAGACAGAAGCUCCAUCUGCGGUGCUAUAAAGAAAUCGAGUCAACUCUGCAUAUGUUUGAGAAAGCCCUGGAAUCUGGCGAAGGGGACUCUGUCUGGUCCCCAACGGUCAAGGUCCAGAUUGGAAAGGCGGUCCAGUACCUAUACAUUUACAAGGAUACGAUCCGUCUUAUAUUUCACAAGGAUCCGCAUGAGCCAAACCCGUUGAAGCGGCUGAGGCUAUUGCCAGGGCUAUGCGAAUCAAUUGUUAAUCGAGCAGAGCAUGUUCUUCUCAUGGAGGCGGCCGGCAUAGGUAGAGGUGAUGGGAGUGCCCUAAUUCCGAGCCCAGCCCUAACAAACCCGCUUGCAUUCGUCGUCCAGUGUGGAUUCGGAUAUGCGACUCGAAGGCGUGCACUUAGUUUGCUCUACCGGCCAAGGCUGGAUGGCAUUUGGGAUACAGUCAUGUCCGCGAGUCUCAUGCAGGCCGCGCUUGACCUUGAGCUGAGUACCUCAAAGGCAUACUGGGCUCGCAAAGCCGCUCAGGGAAUCGCGUUGAAGCCCAUUGCCAAUGGCACGGGGGUCGAGGAGAUCGAAACAGGCGCUCAUCCAUUGUUUCGCUUAUUUGCAGCCGUGUAUGGUGAAAAAAGACAGAGAGGAGCUCGCAUUGCUUUACGGACCUGGCAGGAAUGGAUAGAAGGCGAACCAGGCCGAUGGAUCGAUGUCAAUUGGUAG